AAAGUGUAGAAUGACUGCUAGAAUCGUAAAAGUUGUAUGGACUGGUCGUCUAAGCUAUAAAACUGGUCUACUCUUACAAAAAUCUUUGAUAAACCGACAUCACGAGAAGCCGCAGAAUGACAGUCCGAAUAGCCUUGUACUCUUAGAGCAUAAUCCAGUAUAUACUGUUGGAAUUCGUAAUAAAAUUUACACUCAUGAAGAAGAAUCACGACUCAGAGCUCUCAAUGCUGAAUUUUAUCGCACGAAUCGUGGUGGUCUUAUAACAUUUCAUGGACCAGGACAGCUGGUCGCCUAUCCAAUAAUCAACCUUAAAGAUUUUCGCACAAAUGUACGUUGCUAUGUAUCAAAAAUCGAACGUAUGAUUAUUAGAUUGUGUGCAGAAUUUGGACUUAAGGGUAAAACAUCUCCUGAUACUGGAGUAUGGAUAGAGGAUAGAAAAAUUUGUGCAAUCGGUAUUCAUGCCAGUAGAUUUGUCACAAGUCAUGGACUUGCACUUAACUGCAACAUUGAUCUAGAUUGGUUUGAGCAUAUUGUACCUUGUGGUAUCGAGGGCAAGAGCGUAGCGAGUCUAAGCAAAGAACUUUUGACCAAUAUUAGCGUACAUGAUGUAAUUCCAGUCUUAAAGAGAGCCUUUUCAGAUGAAUUUCAAUGCAACAUGCUUGAUAUGACUGAGGAAGAAAUCUCAUCAUUAUUUAAUGAAUGUAGGGACACCAAUGAAAUUAAUUUUUCUACAUCUGGUAAAAGUUGACAUAGCACUAUAAUACACUCUUCACUUAUAAAAGAUAUUGUAUUAU